UUUGAAUUGCAGUUAAAACGAAAGGACGUGGGAAUUUACAUUUUUUUUCUUUUGUCUCCUUUGGCCAUACGUCAUCGUUUUAAUCUCCCCUUAGUUCUUAGUCCUUCCUGUCUCUCUUGGCUCACCGCAGUUUUUAUAACUUUUCUUCAGAUUUUCAGCUGCCUAUCUUUUUCCUCAAAACAGCGUUUCGCCCUCAGAGUCUCACCAGCAAAACCAAAGGUUGUUCAGGAAACAAUGAUCUAUACAGCUAUUGACAACUUCUACUUAACGGAUGAGCAGCUAAAGAACUCACCUUCAAGGAAAGAUGGGAUAGAUGAAGCUACUGAAACUACACUAAGAAUCUAUGGCUGUGAUCUCAUCCAAGAAAGCGGAAUAUUACUUAAACUGCCUCAAGCUGUCAUGGCCACUGGCCAGGUUCUAUUCCAUCGUUUCUAUUGCAAGAAGUCAUUUGCCCGCUUUGAUGUCAAGAUAGUUGCGGCUAGCUCUUUGUGGCUUGCAUCAAAACUAGAGGAAAGCCCUAGGAGGGCAAGGCAAGUAAUUAUAGUUUUCCACAGAAUGGAAUGUAGAAGAGAGAACUUACCGAUAGAGCAUUUAGACCUAUAUUCAAAGAAAUUUUCAGAGUUGAAAGCAGAAUUGAGCAGAACAGAAAGACACAUAUUGAAGGAGAUGGGUUUUGUUUGUCAUGUUGAGCAUCCCCAUAAGUUCAUAUCAAACUAUCUUGCUACCCUUGAAACACCUCCUGAGUUAAGGCAGGAAGCAUGGAAUCUAGCAAAUGAUAGUUUACGUACAACCUUGUGCGUUCGAUUCAAGAGUGAGGUUGUGGCUUGUGGGGUUGUAUAUGCUGCUGCUCGUAGGUUCCAAGUACCCCUUCCUGAGAACCCACCAUGGUGGAAGGCUUUUGAUGCAGAGAAAUCUGGAAUAGAUGAGGUUUGUAGGGUUCUGGCUCAUUUGUACAGCCUUCCCAAGGCACAAUACAGUCCUGUCUGUAAGGAUGGAAAGCCAUUUACAUUUUCCACCAAGUCUGCAGAUUCACAUUCUCAGCCAAUUUCAAAGGAAGUUCCACUGAGCCCACCAGCUAAUAAUAAUGCUAAUGUUUCCAACACCACCGUAGCAGCAGCUGAUCUGGAAACUGAGGGAGCUAAAGAAGCUAAGAUUAAAAUGGCUCUUGACAAGCUGAAAGAAUCUAAGCAGAGUGAUGAUGAAUCCAAGAUCCUGCCUACGGAGGUUGAUGCAAGAGAAGAGCCUAGGCAUAAAUCCAAGUCUGAUCACAGGGCAGAAUCAGGUGGGGAAAAGAGCAAGGACAGGGACAGGGAAAGGGAAAGGGAGAGGGACAGAGAAAGAGAAAGAGAUAGGGAGAGAGCAAAGGCCCGGGAUCGUGACAGGGGCAGAGAUUCUGACAGGGAACGAGAGCGAGAAGAGACUGAAAGGGACAGAGAUAAAGUCAAGGAUCGAGGUCACCGUUCAAAGGAUAAAACAAAGGAUUCAGCAGGGGGACAUUCUGAAAAAUCAAGGCACCACUCAUCACGCGAUCGUGAUUAUCGUGGCUCAUCAUAUUCUUCAAGGGAGAAGGAUCGUCAUAGACAUCACUCAUAUGCUUAGAACAAACUUCAAGGUGUAUCCAACUUUGCUACCUUAAACUUGUAGCAUGAGAAUCAUUUGCCAGGUUUGCCCAAAAUGUUCAAUGUGCAGAAAUGAAAGCUGACAGAAGUUUAUGUAUUUUAUUUGGAGUUGAAUGCCUUUGGUCCAAAUUUAUUAGGCGAACAAUGACUUUCAGAUUUGCUUACACAACAGCUUCCGGGUUUUCUUGUUACCAAUAAUAGUUUGUCAGACCUUGAAGCAGUCUUGCUUACUAAGUUGCAAAACAUUUGAUAUAUAUUGUUAUUUUAAAUGAUGCAAGGCAUAGAGGUUUAUCAUAUGCCAUGCUGUCAUCGAUCUUAGUUUGUAUCUCAGGUUGUGGAGGUGCACACACAGUAAGCAUCAAAUUUUGUACGACAUGAGUGAUUCAGCACAUCUAACAGGGUGUUGGUGGUGGCUUUGAUAUCCUACCAGGUGGACAGCUUGGUUGCUCAUCCUGAAGGUCAUAGCUUCUCCUUGACCUUAUUCUUAUUUUGUGCAUCAUCAUCAUCGAUUGUGGGUGGCGAUGCAACACUGAAACCUCCUUUCUAAACAGGAAAAAAAUAUAGUAUUUCUUAUCUUUGAUUGAGUUUUUUUUGGCAUGUGAGGAAUCCUGUUGACUUAAAGAGAGAGAAAGCGACACCUCAUAAUACCGAAGAAGUGAUAUUUUUUUUGUUUUUAUAGAGAGGAUCAUGCAUUUUGUCUACCUUACUGUGUUUCUAUAAAGCCAAGAAUAUUGUAACGUAAUACAUAUUUAUUUAGGGUAAAGUGUGUUCCAGAGCA